AUGGACUCGACAAAAGAAGUUGUUCAGAAGCUGGCCAAGCUCAACAUCGACCCUCCCAUGCGAGCACCGAUUCAAGACGUCAACGCCUCCCACCCACCUAGUUCAAACCGCACUCCUUAUGGUCUUUAUGGCCAGUCUUUUGGCCAAACACAGAACACGGAAGUCGACCUCAACGACAAAAGCACUAAGCCAGAAACUACCCCCAUCGCCGCCCCUUUCACAGCAUCCACCGGCCCUCAGAGCCCCGACAACAUCCCCUUACGCAAGCCCCUAAAGACCAUAUCCCGUAACCUCGCCGAAAGCCUUGCCAGGAGCGGCAACACCAACAACCCCAGCCACAGAACCACCAGCAUCACCAAAUGCCGUGACAGAAUGAGGAUGGGCGUCGACAAAUUUCUUCGACGCGAUGCAUCUAAAGGGCUCAAGCGUUGGUUGAAGGAGAAGGAGAGGCGCCAUGACAGGAGGGCCACGAGGGCCCAUAGAGGUGGUGCCAUUAGUGAGGGCCUGAGGAAAAGGCUGGGGUUGAAGAGGGAGGGGGCUAGUUUGGGGGUUAUCAACGAGGAGGAAGAGGAGGGGGAGGAGGAUGUGAAGAUGGAGGAGGGUAUGGAGAUGGAGGAGGAUACGGUGAUGACGGAUUGA